GGCGAGGCGUUUGCCCUGACUGUUGACCGGGGCUGGGCAUGCAACAGGCGGGAGUACAACCUGUUUAACGCACCCCUGGGUUCCUAGGUUGCGCCGCUGGUCCCUUUCUCCCCUUGUUUUAGUGUGAAAGAAAGUGAAAAAAGGGAGGCUCCGGAGGAAAAACGCCGGAUUCCGCAGGCUGUUUGCUCGCGAGUUCGGUCUCCUGGACGAAGCGACCCAGGCAGCGUCCAGAUCCGACGCGUCAGCAAGAACGUCUGGCCAGCGCUCUCGCUGCGAAGCGAGCCUUACGCGAUUCCCGACCGCCUCUCUCCAGCGCCAGGCAAUGCCCGCCGUAGACAAACUUCGCCUAGAAGACGCUCUGCAAGAUAGUCCGCAGACCCGUUCCUUGCUGAGUGUAUUUGAAGAAGAUGCAGGAACACUCACAGAUUACACCAACCAACUGCUUCAAGCAAUGCAGCGAGUCUAUGGGGCACAGAAUGAAAUGUGCCUGGCAACACAACAGCUUUCCAAGCAUCUUCUUGCCUAUGAAAAACAGAAUUUUGCCUUGGGGAAAGGAGAUGAAGAAGUGAUAUCUACACUCCAGUCUUUCUCAAAAAUUGUGGAUGAGCUUAAUGCUUUACACACUGAACUGGCAAAACAGCUUGCAGACACAAUGGUUCUUCCUGUCAUCCAGUUUCGUGAGAAAGAUCUUACAGAAGUAAGCACUUUAAAGGAUCUCUUCAGUCUUGCAAGCAAUGAACAUGACUUCUCCAUGGCCAGAUACAGCAGGCUACCCAAAAAGAAAGAGAAUGGAAAGCUAAAGGCUGAAGUUGCCAAAGAGGUUGCCAGUGCCCGAAGGAAGCAGCAUCUGUCAUCAUUACAAUAUUACUGUGCCUUGAAUGCUUUACAGUAUCGUAAAAGAAUUGCUAUGAUGGAACCCAUGCUGGGAUAUGCACAUUCACAGAUUAAUUUUUUGAAGAAAGGAGCAGAGAUGUUUUCAAAAAAGCUAGAUGGAUUUUUAACAUCGGUUACAAAAACGGUGCAGAGCAUCCAAGAAGAAUCAGAUGCUGAAGUGGAAGUCAUGAGGGUAUCUCAGCAAGAUCUGCUUUCAGUUGGUGAAUCAGUAUAUACGCCCGAUUUUGAUGCUUCUCCUGUUAUCAACAAAAACCUCAUCCAGAAAGCAGGCUACCUAAACCUUAGAAACAAAACAGGCCUUGUGACAACCACGUGGGACAGGCUGUAUUUCUUCACUCAGGGUGGAAACUUGAUGUGUCAACCCAGGGGUGCAGUCGCCGGUGGAUUGAUUCAAGAUUUGGACAACUGUUCUGUGAUGGCCAUUGAUUGUGAAGACCGACGUUACUGCUUUCAGAUCACCACUCCAACAGGAAAACCGUAUGUGGGUCAGGAUCUGGGGAUCAAGGCAUCUGCUAGAAGAGGCAUAACUCUCCAGGCAGAAAGCAAAAAGGAAUAUGAGGAGUGGAUAAGUGCAAUCAACAACAUUUCACGACAGAUCUAUCUGACUGACAACCCAGAAGCAGUUGCCAUUAGGUUGAAUCAGACAGCACUGCAAGCUGUGACUCCAAUCACGAGCUUUGAAACGAAGCAGGGUAGUCAUUCCUCCAGCCAGGAUGGGAAGUGCAUGGAUAUUCUGAAUGACCAGACAGUUCCUGAGGAGUCUGCUGAAGCUCUCGUCCCCACUGAGUUAAUUGCACCUGGAACUCCCAUUCAGUUUGACAUUGUGCUUCCUGCAACAGAGUUCCUAGAUCAGCACAGGGGUGGAAGACGUACCAAUCCUUUUGGAGAAUCUGAAGAUGGCGAGAAAGAGGAUGAAGCAGAUUCACUCCUGCAGCACAUGUUUGUAGUUCGGUUUUUAGGCUCUAUGGCUGUCAGAUCUGACCACACAGUGGAAGUGAUCUAUGAAGCAAUGCGGCAGGUGUUGGCAGCUCGGGCUAUUCAUAAUAUUUUCCGUACAACUGAAUCACAUCUCUUGGUCACCAGCAAUGACCUGAAAUUGAUAGAUCCUCAAACACAAGUUACAAGAUCAAAUUUUGAACUAGCCAAUGUGACACAGUUUGCUGCUCACAAGGAAAACAAGAGGCUGUUUGGGUUUGUGGUUUGUGUCUCUGAAUUGUCAGGUGAAGACGGCAUGAGUGCUUAUGUGUUUGAGAGUAACACUGAAGGUGAAAAGAUUUGCUAUGCAAUAAACCUGGGGAAGGAAAUCAUUGAAGCUCGAAAGGAUCCAAAAGCUCUAGCUCAAUUAAUAUCAUCUAUGCCUCUUACUAACGAUGGAAAAUUCAAGUUACUGAAUGAGCGAUCAGAAGAAGACAAUGCUGUACAUGGAGAAGGACAGGAGUCAGAAGCAUAACAUCAUUUCUCUCAGUGGAGAUGAUGGUGCCCAUAAGAGAGUAUGCCUUGUGCUCUCAGCUGUGGUCCAACAUGGGUGGGCUAGAGGAAACACCAAGAGAUGAGAACUUGAUCCAAAUAUUUGGUAUAGAAACUGACAGACUUUUUAAAAUUCUUCCUCAAUACCAAGCCACCAUGAAUACUGAUGGGAGGACCACAAAGUCAUCACUAACACCAGCAAAGUUUUAAUUCUUCAUAAACAUGCAUUCACAAAAUUUAUAAAUAAAUACACACCUGUUUCACAUAAUUCUACUGGCUAUAGUAGAGAGGACGAAAUUGCACAAGCCACAAAGUUUCUGAAAGUCUGAAGUAAAAUACAGAGGCACUUCACAAAAAAACUAAUAUUUUGCAUCUUAAGCAAAAUAGGUAGAAGAAUUGAAAUGUUUGGAAUAUAAUUUAGAUAGCAGAAUUGAAGUGUUUGGAUUAUAAUCUCAGUGAUAAAUACUUUAUUUGCUCCUAUUUGCAUACCUUUUAAAAAGUAAUGGGAAAGCUAUUUUAAACUAGGCUAUUUAGAAAGCCAUUCAAUAACAGUUUCUACUAAUAUUUAUUUUUAUACUUUUAUCUGAGUUAAGCUUUCAAAAUUAAGUGCCUAGUGUGUGAUAAUAUAAAACAAAUAACUCAAGCAAGUAGAAAAUAGAAGGACCAGAAAGCAAGUUAAAGCUAUUAUGAAACAAGUCAUUUACCAGGGCCGAAGAAAAGAUGAGCCAGUGAUUGUCACUGCUAUUCAAAUAAGCCUGUUGGCUAACAUUUUUGCACUGUUCUGUAUGACGAGAUAACUGCUUUCCUACUUUCAUGUGAAAGUUUACAAAUUUGAUAGAAGAGGGACUCCAUUCCUCAGACAAAAACAAUUACUUCAAAGCUAGAUAUAAGCAAUACCAGAAGCAUUUUCA